AUGAAAAACAUAGAUUCCAUCAAAGGUUGCAGAAUAGAUGAAAACCACUUCGACUUAGAAAAAUAUAGCACAUUUUAUUGCAAACAAGAUGUAAGAAUUUUAAGAGAAGGUUUUGUAAAGUUCCGCAAUGACUUAUUGAAAGAGUUUGAUUUAAACGUUUAUGACUACGUUAGUAUUUGUUCAAUUGCUAACAAAUUAUUUGAGAACAGAGUGUACUUCCCGAAUGGAAAUCUUUAUGACCUCUCAAAUAAACCAAGAGAAUUUAUUUCGAGAUGCAUUCAAGGUGGAAGAUGUAUGUUGUCAGAUAACAUUAAACAAAAGAGCAAAAAGAAACUCAUUGCUGACUUCGACGCUGUUUCAUUAUAUCCAUCAGCUAUAGCAAGACUUUAUACUUUAGAAGGAAUUCCAAAAGUAUUGAAGGAUGAGAUGUUAAGCACAGAGUAUCUCAUGAGACAUUUAUUCGAUGACGACCAAAAGGAACCCAUUGGUGAAAAGUUUAUGUCUGGCUUCUUUGUUCUCAUUAAGAUAACAGAGAUUGGAAUACAUAGACACUUUCCUUUAAUAGUUUGUGACCCUGAACUAAAUCCAGAACUUAACGUUCCCAGAAGUUCAAACACUUGCUGUUUAAUGUAUGUUGACCAUAUAACAUUACAAGACCUCAUAAAAUAUCAAGGUGUCAAAUGUGAAGUGUUGCAAGGAUACUAUUACGAUGGAAACAGAGAUUUGAGAAUAAGAGAUGAAGUUAAGAAAUUGUUUGAGUUAAGGUUAAAGUAUAAGAAAGAAGGAAAUCCUUUGCAAGAAAAUAUAAAGCUCAUUCUGAACAGCAUUUAUGGCAAAACUAUUUUAUCUCCUAUUGAGUCAAAAAUAACCAUAGUAGAUGACAAAGAUGCUAUAAGAUAUGCUAUAAGAAAUUACAACCAUAUAGUGAAGUUCGAAGGUUUGAAUGGUUCAGAUAAAACUAUUUUCAAGCUAACGAAAAGCAUUUGCAGACACUUUAACUUCUGUCCACUUGGUGUUAAUAUUCUGUCUAUGUCGAAGAGAAUAAUGAAUGAAGUGUUUUGCACGAUUGAAGACUUAGGAUUAAAAGCAUUUUAUCAGGAUACAGAUUCGAUGCACAUUUACAAUGAAGACAUACCAAAGCUUGCAGCAGAGUUUAAGAAGAGAUACGGUAGAGAACUUAUAGGAAAGAACCUUGGUCAAUUUCAUUCUGACUUCGCAGAAAUAACACCUGGAAAACAAAGUUUAGCAUACAAGUCAAUAUUUUGUGGAAAGAAGACUUACAUAGACUUACUCACUAACGAUUUAAAUGAAGUUGCAUUCCAUGCACGUUGCAAAGGUGUCAAACAAGACGUCCUUGCUUUAACAGCAAAUGAAAUGUUUCCUGAAGCUAUACAAUGCUAUUACAAUGAAGAUAAGAACAUUCACAUACCUGUUGGAACAUAUGACAAAGACUCUGAGUUCAGUUUAAUGAAACUUUACAAAGCACUUUAUGACGGUCAAGAGAUUGGAUUUGACUUAUGUAAGUCUGCUACACCUGCAUUUGAGGAAAAGUUUAACUUCUCAAUAACGACUAAAACAAGCUUUAUUCGUAAGUUGAAGUUCUGA